AUGGCCAAGGUGAAUGCCUAUUACACCGCCACGUUCACCGGGCCAAUCUCUUCAAUAUUGAUCACACGGUUCAUGCUCGAGCUUCGCGCAGUCGACCGAGCUCUCGCAUCGGAUCUGUCGGACCUUUCCGGCACAGUAGGGAACACCGGCGAUUCGACGACGUCUAUGGAGCUGACCAGCGUCAUCUUAUCUGACGGACGGCGUUCGCUCGACCGUAUGACACCAUCUCUUCGACACAAUCUUGGGAGAACUUACCGGGCUAGCGGAGUUGUGGUUUACCUCGCUGCCUUAGACGGUUCUCCGCGGUCCUCCGGCAACUAUGGCAGGUGGGGGCAGUCAAACCAAUCUGACAUCCACGAUGAUUCAUCGUCGACAGGGGAAUGGCUCGCUCACGAGUGGAGUACCCGAAGCAUGCCCGCAGUAUAG